UGCUUGUUGGGUUCAUUCUUUUAUUUCACCUUUUCGUGUAGAUUACGCUGCCAACGAUGAGUGCAUAAGGAAAGUAGUGGAUGAUUAUUUUUCCUUCUACUUGGAAGAAGCCAAUGAUACAUAUAAUGCUUAUAGAGAGAAGACAGAAGCUUCAACUGAAAGUCCAUUCCAGGAAAGAAGUGAUCAUGAAAAAGCGGAAAAUCGAGAAUGCUUAAAAACAUCUCUAGCCGUCCACUGGUUGUUGAAGGAAAUUCAUGAUUCUUGCAGUCCUGAAGCUCGCCAUGUGAUGCUUAAACUUUUACGCAAAUCGGACUACUUUCGAUACCUAUGUGGAGAACAUGACAUUUUGGAACUGCAAAACUCUUUCACUAAAUUCGUUAGAAAGACUCAAACCAAAGAAGAAAGGGAGAUGAUGAGAGAAACCUUCCACUUCGAACAUCCCUAGAAAUAAAGUUCCGGUCUAUGUAUAAACCAAGAACUUUGAUAUUUACCUAAAUGCAGGAUGUGACAAAUGUGUUUUAUUAUUUACUAAGGAAGGUAAAAGAAAAGUUUUAAUAUUGUUAGGGACGUUGUUUUAAAACAUAAUGAUAUGUUUUUAAAAUAUAAUGAAAUGUUUUAGAUUUUAGAAAAUUUAAAUCAAACAUAUAGUUAAGUUUCAAUAAAUUUGACUUCAGUAGAAA